CACAAAAUCAAAUCCUCACAGUUUCAAAAGUUUGCUGCCUUGUCUUUACUCCUGGAAGAUCCAGAUCAUCACGAUGGGCCUUUUCUCUGAUCCUGCCGCCACUCAUGCCUCUAUUGUCAUGCCAGAAGACAUGCUGAGUCCUUCCAAGAAGAGCCCAUCGAGUCGAAGGAUGCGUCGAUCAUCUACUUUGGCUCCCAGUUCCAAGAAGCAUCCCAUGAGAAUGCGCCGCAACGCCACUUACGACAAUGUGUCCCGACUUCCCACACUGCCCGACAAUGGUGAGAGCACUGGAACCAACAACUCUAUCUUUAGCAAGAGAGCUUCUGGUGCUAGCUUGAUGCGUUCCAGUGUCAGUACAAGACGCAUCAGUACUUCCAGCAACGCCAGCUCUUUGGAUGCAUCCUUCUCCAUGAAUGAUCACUUGGGGCAGAUGGAAGAGUUCCUCCAAGUUAUCAGCAGCAAGGGACAGCAAGAACGAGAACAGAUCCUCAGAGAUUGUGUCAUCCACAAGCAGCAGGCAACAAGGAAGUAAAAAGACAACAAACACACAGGCAGACAGAAAGUAGACGUCGCCACAAGCAACGAGAUAGCCACCAUGGAAGAUCAAAGCAGUUUUGGGUGCAAUUUUGGAAUGUCAGCAGCGAAAGCCCCCACUUCAUGGUCAGCGGCUAAGAUACUUGAUACAUACAUAGUUCUACUUGUUUCGUUAGUAUUAAUACUCGGAAUCAAAACAUAGGA